AUGAGCACGAGUAACCCUCCUCCCACCGAGGAUCGGGCGGCGUCGGUGCAGAAAAUCCAAACGCUGCUAAGCGCAAAGGACGACACAUCGCGCUUUGUCGGCCUCGCCUUGCUCAAGUCAGUGCUAGAUAACACGCCGGAGUUGAGGAACGAGCAGGUCAUCACCGAUCUUUGGGCGAGUAUUCCGCCCAAGUUCCUCGCACGCCUGAUCAAGAGCGGAAUCGGGCAGCAGAAGCAGUCAGAUGAAUCACGGAAAGAGUCCAAUGACAUGUUGGACCUUGCCGUCUCGGUGCUUCAUACUUUUACCGCCCUGCUCCCGGAGAGCGCAAAGCAGGACCCUAAACUGGUCGACAGGAUACCACAGCUCGUCGCCUGUCUAGUGCACUGCUCUGACGAGACGACACGGCUGACCCUCGAGGCCCUGGUGAGCCUAGUCAGCCGGCCAGAUGGCGCCCGUGUCUUCACCACCGCGGUGGAGGACCUGGCUCCCCUGACCGAGAUCGCCGCUAAGCAGCCCCUUGCCCUGGACACCCUCUUGUUUGCGUGGCUCAAUGCCGCCAUGGCGGCGACGACAGACAAGAGCAGCCUGAGAUCCAAGAUUGACAGCACCGUCGGCAGCCUCGUUGCAUCCUUCAAGGGGACCGAUGCCGUCACCCUUCUCAGCUUCCUCGCAAAUUUGCUGCCAAGACUGAACCCAGAGGCUUUGCCAUCCAAUCCCAAGUGGCUCCCAGACCUCGGAACUUUCAUUCGCAAUCUUGUCGCGAGCCGUCCCACCUCCGCCGGCCGCGCCGCCUUCACCAACCUCUCGGCGGCCCUCCUCGAGCUCUAUCCCUUCCACGCCCCUCAACUCCUCUUCGCCGACCAGGAUACCGCCGGCAAGUCCUCCUCCAGCUCCAGCCCGUUCUCCUACCUCCUGAUCAACCUCAUCCUCGUCGACCUGCGCGCCAGCCUGCCCACGCUCCUCUCCCAACUCAACACGCCGGAAUACCCGCCCACCGCAUACCGCCUGACCUCGGCCUUCAACGUAAUCUCCCACUUCAUCGGCUACCUCCUCCGCGCCCUCGACGCACCGGAUUCCUCUUCCGCUCCCUUCUCUCUCGCCAUCUCCCCGGACCGCCUCCUCUCCCUCCGCAAGUCGCUCACCGAGACCCUCUCGCUCACGACCGAGUACCUGCGCGACCGGUGGGACGCCUCCGUGGCGGGCGCCAUGGGCCUGCACCCGGAAGCGCGCACGGGCGCGGCGGUGGCCCCGGCGACCGGGGCGACCCACUUCACGCUCGCGUGGGACUCGAUCGGCACCGACGUCGCCGCCGACGACCCGCUCGUCCUGGCCGCCGUGCGGGCGCUCGCCCUCUGGGCCCGCGAGGACGACGGCGAGCUGCUCCGCCGCGAGGUCGGCGGGCUCUGCGACAUGCUCGUCGACCUGUACCGGGAGAGCGGCAGCAACCGCGGUGGUGGUGGUGGUGGCGGCGGCGGCGGCGGCGGGAAUGGGCAGCAGCAGCAGCAGCAGCAACAGCGUGGUAGACGGCUGGACUUCCGGCGGGCCGUGCUGGUCGCGUUCGAGGGCGUCGCGGCCGACCGCAAGGGGCGCGAGUCGGUGCUGAGCAAUGGCGGGUGGGAGGUGCUGGUGGGGGACCUGGAGGGCAUCCUCCAGGCGAGCUCGGCGGCCGACGACGAGGACGAGGCGGCGCGCGGGAUCGAGAUCGUGCGGGUGCUGAUGCAGCUCGCCGAGACGGAGCGGCCCGGCCCCAGGGAGGCCUGGAUGGACCUGGUGACGCACGUGGCGGCGUGGGACGUGCCCGAGGCCAAGCAGUCGCCCGUCACGGAGGAGUGCCAGGUCGCCGUGCUGCAGCUCGUCACCACCCUGCUCGUCAACACCCACCCCGGCGUGCAGAAGAGGUACGUCCACUCGACGAGCGCCGUGCUGGGGAUCGCCCAUCAGCUGCAGGAGAAGGUCAAGGGGGACCGCGCGCUGGAGGAGGCACUGGACGACGUGGUGGGGGCCUUGAUUACGCUGAGGUGA